AUGAACUCAUGGUGGAGUUUGGAUCUUCUGGAUGAAUAUGAGAUCAGUACAGUGAUCAUCAGUAACAGAGGAGAUGGUUCUCCAGAACAAACCAGUGGAGCAGAGAUUCGUAUUGGAAACUCGCAAUACAAUCCCAUAUGUGCUGUAAUUCCUGAUCUUACAGUAAAAUCUACUGUCAGUUUCUCAUGUAAUAGGAUGGUGGGACGUUAUGUGAAUGUGGUCAUGCCUACAAUCCUGCAUCUCUCUCUGUGUGAGGUAGAGGUCUAUGGAACAGGUAAGGAUUUGGCAUUGAAAGGAACGGCUACACAGUCAUCUACUUACUUCACCUAUGGAGCUGCAGAUGCCAUAGACGGUCUAAGAUAUAGACUUGAUUUUGCCCCAUCCUGCUCAAUUACAUCAUCUUAAAGUAACCCGUGGUGGAGACUGGAUCUUCUGGGUUAUUAUAAGAUCAGUACAGUGAUCAUCAGUAACAGAAGAGAUGCCGCUGCUGAACAAACCAGUGGAGCAGAGAUUCGUAUUGGAGACUCACUUGAAAACAAUGGAAACCACAAUCCUGUAUGUGGUGUAUUUCUUAACCUUCAAGUCGGCACAUCGAUUACUUUCUCAUGUAAUGGGAUGGUUGGACGUUAUGUAAAUGUGUUCAUGCCUACAGUCCAGCAUCUCUCUCUGUGUGAGGUCGAGGUCUAUGGAACAGUCUAA